AUCAGGGCUCAGCCUCUGCCUCCAAGAUCCAGAAGCUUCUUGUCACCCUUACUCAAAACUUCCUAGGAGUAACUAAUACUUGAGAGAAACAUCAAUAGACUGGAAAUUGGGAAGAACAAAAAUAUUCUUCAUAUGAAAAUAUAUAAUAAGAAGGAUCAUAAUGGUGGAAGCAUGAAGAAUGAUUGGCCAAGAAAGGUGGACUUCCCCAGGAUCCUCCCAAAGACUUCAGGAAAGCCAUGGAUCUAAUAAGGUUUGAGGACCUGCCCUCUCUGCUCACUGGCUGUGUCCAUCCUGCUGCUGACCAAACAGUCCUGUGGCAAAAAUAUCAGAGAGACCUCAAACGUGCAUGAUAGCAGCUUCUCAUUGUUGAUUCAGGAAAGGAAGGAUGCAUCUCACACAGAAAGAUGACCCAUCCCUCAGGGGUUAGAAGUCAGUGGUGAACUACUAUUGAAUUCAGAUCCUUCUGAUUCAAGAAUCAACUGGGUUAAGACCAGCAGUGAUGAUAUUAUGGAAAGAGAUGCACAUGGAAAUGGGGAAUGAGACCACUGUCCAGGAUUUCACCUUGGAGGGGUUUCCUGCCUUCCAGCACCUGGGAAAGAUCCUCUUCCUGGUGCACCUGCUGGCAUACCUGGCAUCUAUUACAGGAAAUGCUGUCAUAAUCACCAUCACCUGUGCUGACUCCCGGCUCCAGACACCUAUGUACUUUUUCCUCAGCAUUUUCUCCUUCUUUGAGUGUUGUUUCAUAAGUGCUGUUAUUCCCAAGUUGCUGGUCAUCUUUCUUCUAGGCAGGCAAACUAUUUCCUUUUUUGCCUGUUUCAUACAAGCCUUUGUGUGUGUAUAUCUGGGAACAGCAGGUUUCUUCCUCAUAGCAGUGAUGUCUGUGGAUCGGUACAUGGCCAUUUGCAAGCCUCUGCAUUACCCAACCAUCAUGAACCUCAAGACUUUCUUCCUCUUGGUCACUGCCUGCUUCACUCUGGCCUUCACUCUCAUGACUGGUCUGAUAGUAAAGGUUUCCCAAUUAUCCUUCUGUGGCCCCAAUGUCAUCCCGCACUUCUUCUGUGACAUUGGUCCCUUGAUUCAUCUCUCCUGUUCUAAUACCAGGUCUGUUGAAAUGUUGGCCUUUGUCCUUGCUUUGUGUAUCAUUUUGACCUCACUCUUCAUAACCAUCAUUGCAUACAGCAACAUAGUAGUCACAAUUGUGCGACUCCCAUCAGCCAGGGAACGACAGAAAGCUUUCUCCACCUGCUCCUCUCACCUCAUUGUUCUCUCUCUAAUGUAUGGCAGCUGUGUUUUUAUAUAUGUGAAACCAAAGCAAACAAACAGGCUGGACUCCAACAAGGAGGCUGCCCUUGUGAACACAGUGGUGACCCCGCUGUUGAACCCUGUCAUAUACACUCUGCGGAACAAGCAGGUCCACCAGGCUCUGAGGGAGAAAAUGUUUAGAAUGAAAAUAUCAAGACAAAAAUAAAAACACAUGACCUUGGAGUGAAGGCAUCAGAGAUCCAUUUUUCUUCAU